AUGAAGAAGAAGACCCAGAUUGACUUCAAGGCCCUUAACAUAAUCCAGUGCGGGCUAACAAAAGAGGAGCUGAACCACAUCAACCCACACGAAAAUGCCAAAGAGCUAUGGGACAAACUCAUAGAACUAUACGAGGGAACUAACGACGCAAAGAUGGAGAACCGUGAUCUUAUAAGGUACGCUAUAAAUACAUUUCCUCAAAAUACACUGUGGACAUCCAUCGUGGAUGCCUAUAAGAUUUCGAGAAACUUGUCCAAGUUAAAGUUAGAUGAAUUGUUUUAUGAAUUAGAGCUACACGAACAAACAAAUGCUAAAAUCAAGAAAGGUAUUGCUCUUGUUGCAAGAACGUCAAAAGGAAAAUCCAAAACUAAGCUAGAACCUGAAGUCAAGUCUGACCCAAAUUCAGAUGAUGAAGAAUACAUGGUGAACCUUACCAACUGCCUGAAUCUCAAGAAGAAGAAAACCUUCAAGGCGACUGGGGAUGAAUCAUCUGGGGAUGAAUCAGAUGGUGAAGAACUGAAGCACACCAACUACCUCGCACUGAUGGCAUACGGACCAGAAUCAGAAAGUGAAUCGGAAGAUAAGUCCGAACCUGAAUCGAGUCACGAGACCGCACUCGUUUUCAAAGGUUCCGAUGAGGUGCAUAGUGUCUCAACUGUUGACACUCCUAAGAGAGAGAAAACUCAUGGGGAAGUUGAAAGGCACAUAGUGUCUCAACUGUUGACACUGAUGGAUGGGUUGAAGUCUCGUGCUCAUGUAAUUGUCAUUGGGGCUACGAAUAGGCCAAACAGUAUCGAUCCAGCUCUUAGACGAUUCGGUAGGUUUAACAGAGAAAUUGACAUUGGUGUUCCUGAUGAGGUUGGCCGAUUGGAGGUUCUUCGCAUCCAUACUAAGAACAUGAAGCUAUUUGAUGAUGUUGAUUUGGAAAGGAUUGCUAAGGAUACUCAUGGCUAUGUUGGGGCUGACCUUGCUGCUUUAUGCACUGAAGCUGCUCUACAGUGUAUCCGUGAAAAGAUGGACAUAAUUGAUCUAGAAGAUGAAUCAAUUGAUGCUGAGAUUCUCAAUUCCUUGUCCGUUACAAAUGAACACUUUAAGACUGCUUUGGGAUCUAGUAACCCAUCUGCCCUCUGUGAAACUUUUGUUGGGUUUUGA